GGCUCGUGGGGAGUUUUGACUGUUAGGUUUAAUAUAAAACUAAGACGAUCGAAAUUAAUAUGAUUUAAGGGGUUUGUAGUGGUUUGAACAGCCCGGGGGGACGCCCCAUAACCCGUGUUUGUGUCGGAGCUGCAGGAUCUCCCUGGGAUCUCUCGUAUAAACAGUGGUUUGUUUAGGGUAGGACCUACAAAUGAACGCCACAAGGUACAAAUAAAUAAUAAUAGGGCACAUAAAUAAAGAACUGUGUGGAGACUGCGACAUCGCAGGGUCGCCAUGGGCCGCUCCUCCAAGGACAAGCGCGACAUUUACUACAGGCUGGCCAAGGAGGGCGGCUGGAGAGCCCGCAGCGCCUUCAAACUGCUGCAGCUGGAGCAGCGCUUCCAGCUCUUCCAGGGGGUCCGCCGGGCCGUGGAUCUUUGUGCCGCCCCCGGGAGCUGGAGCCAAGUGCUGAGUCGGCACCUCAGGGGCUCCGAGGGGUCCCCAGCCCAGGUGGUGGCCGUGGAUCUCCAGGCCAUGGCGCCGCUCCCAGGGGUGCUGCAGAUCCAGGGGGACAUCACCAAGGUGGGGAUCCCCUGCUCCCGCAGACCCUCCCAAAACCUGCAGCCCCCUGAGAUACCCCUGGAUUCCCCCCAAACCCCAUAUUCCUCUCCGGGGACCCCCCAGACUUCAUUUUCCCUUCCCAACCUCCAGGCCCCAUUUUCUACCCUGAGACCCCAAAUCACCCCCCAGAUACCCCUGACCCCAUUUUCC